AUGCUGAAGAUAUUGCCAUUAGCUAGACAAUCAAUUGCCACAAACGAAAUCGAUAUCGCUAAAGGCGGUGUAUAUCAGUCGAUACGACAAAAUCCGAAGCGUCGCCGAUUUAUUCAGAAAUACUUUGAGAAAUAUCCAGACUGGCCUUCGGUGCACAUGAAGAAACCAUCGCCACCUGAGCGACCAGCUCAAGCCAUCGCCUAUGAUUGCAAUCAAGAUCGAGUGACUGCAUACGUUCUGAGAUUUCCACCGAGAAACUGUUUCGUCAGUGUAGCUAACUGCUUCGAAUAUUCAUGCAUAUUCAAAGGUUUUGAGAUUCUCUAA